CCCCGGCGACUACCGAAAGAUCUCAUGUUGCACAACUGCCAAGGAGAUGUGGGACAAGUUUAAAGUGACGUACGAACGUACCGAUCAAGUUCGUGAAGCCAAGAUCGAUUUUCUCACCUAAGAGUACGAAAUGUUCCGAAUGAAGGAAGGUGAGAAAAUCGAUGACAUGUUUGACCGGUUUUCAAAAAUAAUCAACGAUCUUCACGCCUUGAAGAAGAGCUACUCCAACAAGGAUCUAGUGAGGAAGAUCCUUCGAAUCUUAACUCCCGAAUGGCGCUCCAAGGCCGAUGCCAUUUACGAGUCAAUUGGCGUCUCCAACGUCACAAUUGAUGGAUUAAGAGUAUCUGGCUUGCAUGUGAACCCUCUCAAAUCCAAUAUCUUUCUGCCUGGAGAGAUCAAAGACAGGACAGAUGAUAUCCUAGCUUUGGUGCCUUUCCCUCAGGGUAAAUUGCCUGUUAGAUACCUGGGACUCCCUCUUACCUCACAGAGAGCUUCUGAAAGAGACUUUGCCCCACUUGUGAAUAAGGUGGAUGAACAUAUCAGAAAAUGGAAUGCCAAAACCCUGUCAGCUGCUGGAAGAUUGGAACUCAUCAGAUCUGUCAUCCAAGGAAUUGAAGGAUUCUGGUUCCAAGCUUUCCCUAUNGUUGGUGUGUCUUCCCUCUGGUGCUGGGUGGGUUGGGGCCCCAUUGGUUCUGUGGACUGGUGGGGUUGUGAGGAAACAAACCAACCUCUAUUUACCCCUUCUGGGUAGUUAGAGGUUGAGUUGGGUCCUGCUAAUGACAAAAAUAAUGGAGCAUCUUUGUUUUAUUUAAACAAUUCACUCCAUUUUGUAAAAAGGAGUUUUUAUGAUUUUCGGCCAUUUGAGAUUCUAGUGAGAGAAAAUUAUUUUAAGUCUUCCAUUAAUAUCAUUUUGUGUAUAGAAAAUAUCUAUAAUAUUUUCUAAAUAUUAUUAGAAAUAUUUUCUAUAGAAAUAUACAAGAUUAGUAUUA